AUGGCAUCAUCUAACAAAACCCCCCGGAUCGUGGAGUUGGCUGUCAAAAUCAAUACCCAUGUCACAGAAUUACAAGAACUUCUAUCAGCCCAGGGUGUGCCGUCUCCAUCAUUCGACGAGGACAGCCCAGAACGCCUUCCUCCUAGCACAUUCCAUCUCCAAGAUGCUGUACUUGACGCAACCGCCGAGUUGCAUGAAUUACUUAUGGAUCCUAUCCCACUAGCCUUCAAAUUCAGUGCCACCACCAAUAUGAUCAGCAUCGACGCCAUCUGUCGAUUCCAUAUUGCCGACAUUAUCCCUUCUGGGGGGCAGGUUUCUUUCGGUGAGAUUGCAGAGAAGACUAAAUUAGAUGAACCUCUUGUCAGACGCCUGGUUCGGCACGCAAUGUCCAUGCAUAUCUUCAGAGAACCCGAGCCUGGCAUGGUCGCACAUACAAAAAUAUCCAAGUACUUCACACUUCCAUACGUGAAUGAUUGGCUUAGCUUUGGCGCGAGGGAGGGUUGGCCGGCUGCUACCAAGAUGCUAGAUGCGAUCCAGAAAUGGCCAGGAUCGGAAGAGUCUAACGAAACCGGCUUCUGUCUUGCCAACAAUACUGACAAGUCAAUCUUCGAAGUGCUCCGUGGGGAUCACACGCGCGCGAUGCGCCUUGCAUCCGCAGUGAAAGCCCACGAUCAUUUUCCGGGUGAAGCUGCUAUUGACGUCCCGAAACUUUACGAUUGGGCUUCUCUUGGCAAUGGGCUCAUUGUCCACGUUGGUGGGUCCAGAGGCGAAGUAGCUGUGGAAUUAGCGAAGAGCUUUAAAGACGCUAGGCUACUCGUCCAAGAUAUGGAGAUGGUUGUUAAGGGCGCGAAGGACAGCUUGCCUGAUGAAUUGAAAGACCGAAUUGACUUUAAAGCAAAUGGGCUUUUUGAUACGCAGACCGUUGAAGCCGAUGCUUACCUUUUCCGCUUGGUUUUCCAGAUUUGGCCUGAUAAAUACGCUCUCAAAAUCCUCAAAGCCCAAAUUCCGGCCCUCCGACCUGGGGCUAAGAUCCUUAUACAGGAUACGGUAGCGCCAGAACCAGGCGAGAUUCCGUUGUGGAGAGAGCGUGAAUUGAGAGCCAUGGACCUAAAUACGGGAGCGGCUUUCAAUGGUCGCCAUAGAUAUAUACAUGAGUGGAAGGCUCUACUCGCAGAGGCUGAUGAAAGAUUCGUUUUUCAGGGGGUAAGUGCGCCUGGCAGAACCUUGCUGUCGACAUUAGAGAUAGUCUGGGAUCCGUCGAGUUUCGCGAAAGCUUGA